AUUUAUGUAAAUAGACUAGCUGUGCGUCUGCUAGUUUUCGCAGGUUUUUGUUGAUCACAGACUUAAUAUUUUAUUGUUAUUGUCUCGUUUGUCAUGACUACUCUUAAAAUACCCGAACAAAAAGUUAUUUUAUGUGGAGAAUAUGGAGUCGGGAAAAGUUCACUAUUUCGAAGAUUUACCUCUAACAUGUACACUACGGCAACAGAUCGUCAGUCUACUUUAGGAUUGGAUCAUUAUAGCAAACGUUAUCAUGUAGCUGGAAAGGAUUUAAAGCUUCAACUGUGGGACACUGGAGGAAUGGAAAGGGUUGCUUCAAUAACAUCAAGCUAUUAUAAGUUUGCAGAUGCUGCAAUACUUGUGUUUUCUUUGGAUUCCCCUGAAUCAUUCAACAUGGUAUCACAGCAUUUGCUGGAUAUUGUGUCUUAUGCAGAGAAUGCCAAAAUCUAUCUGUGUGGAAAUAAAUCAGACCUGAAAUCUCUUAUCCAAGUUACUGACAAUGACAUGGCAGCAUUUUGUGAGCAGUGCCAAACCCUUGUUGCUGGGACUUUCAAAUCAUCUUGUAAAACUGGAGAAGGAGUUGAUGAAAUGUUUUCGCACAUUGCAAUGCAACUAGUGGAAAGCAAUCGUUCAAAGUUUGAACUAGAGAAAUUGACAGAAAAUAAUGGACUUCAAGUAAGACAUUUUGAGGACAGUGAAGAUGCAAGUAAAUGUUCCUGUUAAAGGAAUUAUAUGUCGACAGGAAAUGUAAACAAAUUUCUUUUUUUUUAAUAUACCAGAAUGAACUUUA